AUGGCCUCCAUCCAGGCAGUCAACCAAUCCAACGCCCUCGUCGCGUCUCUCCCAAAGGGCCUAGUAGCAGUCUUCAUCGGCGCAACAUCAGGCAUCGGCAAAAGCACCCUCCAACACCUCGCCCAACACGCGCGCUCCCCGCACAUCUACACCGUCGCGCGCCCUCAAAGCGUUGCUUCCCACGAGACCUUCCUCGCCUCGCUGCGCGCAACCACAAACCCAAAUGCCAACUACACCCUCCUCCGUGCAGACCACGCCCUCGUAUCCGACAUUGACGCCGCCAUGGACAUCAUCCUCCAACAGGAAACAAAAGUCGACAUCCUCUUCCUCUCGGCGGGCUUCAUCGCCUUUGAAGGACGUCAAAACACCGUAGAAGGGCUGGACCCGUCCAUGUCGACGCGGUACUAUACCCGUCUCCGCGCCGUACAAAGACUUCUCCCUCUCCUCAAUAAUGCGACCCGUCCGCGUGUCGUGUCGGUGCUGGCGGCGGGGUUAGAAGGUCCCAUGGUCGACGAGGACGACCUCGAUCUCCGGAAACCGGGGAAUUGGGGGCACUGGCCUGCUUCCGUGCAAGCUACGACCAUGGGCACGCUCGCGCUUGAGGUGUUGGCGAGGGAGAACCCCGAGGCGAGUUUCGUGCAUUCUAUGCCUGGUCCCGUGGCGACGCCCGGGUUGGAGAGGGCGAAGGGGUUUGGGGUUGGGGUUACGGGGGAAAAGGACGUUGAGGAGGCGGGUGCGAGGGGAUUGUUCUUGGCGACGAGUGAUUUGUAUGAUUCUCUGGGACGGGAGGGAGUUGUAAAGGUUGCUGGGGGUAUUGAGGGUGUUAGGAAGUCUGGCGGUGGUGUGUUUUUGGUUGGUCCGCUAGGGGAGAGGGUGGAUAAUGAGGAGGUUUUGGGGGGUAUGAGGGGGAGAGGGUUGGAUGAGAAGGUGUGGAAAUUUACUCGGGAGCUAUUUGAUGAUUGUCGAAGUCAAAACAGGGAGCUCCGAUCAUGA